AUGGACAAGCUCGAGUGCGUGCGGCCAAACAACGGGAGGCGGUGGGGGAACAACGGAGCCGUCGCCCUCGAUGGGAAGCUGUGGUGGAUCGACCUUGCGUGUGGGCUCCUGACCAGCAACACCUUCGCUUGCGACAAGGUGGUCCGCUUCGUCCACCUCCCUCCGGGCUGCGCCCUGCUCGACACCCCCAGCCGCGACGUCUUGCUCGAUCUUGACAAGACCCGGAGUGUGAAGGUGAGUCAAGGGAAGAUUAGGUACGUGGAGAUCCACCGGCCAGAUGGCUUCGCCACCGUCACCAUGUGGUCGCUGGACAGCGCGGGUGGCGAUCACCAGAGAGAGUGCGACUACAGGGUGCCAAUCGGCGACAUCUGGGCCGAUCCGGGCUACGCCGCCGCCACCGAGCAGCUGCUGGUCGAAGAGAUGCCCGUGAUCGCU